GCGGCGUCCGCAGUGCUGCCGCGCCUCUACCGCCGGCCGCACCGCUCUCACGGCCGCCGCGGUUGCCGACCGAUCGACACCCUCUCGUGCCAAUCGUAUGCUUGGCCGCGUACGAGCUCGUUGCUCCGCUGAAUAUCGAGAUCGCGCUGCGAAAAAUCAACAUCUAUUUAUAGCCAAUUCCCUCGACUCGACGUACUGUUGUCUCACGUAAUCUCACCGGACAAAUCAUUUGUGCAUAUUUCAAAUGUGUGCAUAGUAUCAGCGUUGCCGCCGACGCGCUGGUUCGCGAUUACCACACCGGACGCCUCUUAGACUGUGACAGUGCUAAUAUUGAUACCUGAACUGUUUGUCUCGAAGAGAAAGUGAAUUCCGGUGUUUAAACGUCAACAAGUUUCCUUAUCGAGUCGAUUUCGUAACUGAUUAAUUGUGACAUAUUCGAUUGCACCUGUGAAGUGGCACCGGCUCGAUAGUACUGUUUGCUUUUAUGUCCUAUGUGUAUAUCGGGGUGUGAUUAUCUGGUGUGUUAAUUUUGUGCCCAAACAUGUGUUUGUAGCAUCCGCAGUGUCAAGGUUUUGGGGACCGGAUCGCACAGCAGUUUUAUGAGCGCCAGUAUAAAGGCAGGAGAUGCGCGCUGCGAACACGGCGCGCUACGAGACGUCCACUGUAAAUAAAUAAUGACCUAAUUGUAGGUGGCUAACGUCCCUGCUAUUUUGGUGUAUGAUUGAUACGCAUACAGACAACUUUAACCCGGAAGGUUAAAACAGUGAAAAACAUAAAAUAUCAGUGAAAUAAAAUGAAAAUAUAUAAUUUAUCAGAAGUGAAACUUUUCCUAAGUACAGUACCCACUUUCAAAGAUUUCUACAGGGCGCUCCCUUUCUCUGCUGCAUUCUAGACUGUCCCUAACGUUACGUUUGUAAGUUUUCUUUUAUUUAAAUCUGAUGAUAAACGAGUUGUCGUGUAAGAUAUCUAUGACGUAGGUGCUAAUUCAUUAGCAAUGUGUUGAUGUGAUAAUGAGUCGCAUUCAAUACGUAAAGAUGCCUCAUUACGACGAAAGCUUUUUCAAUGACGACAGUCAAAAUCAAAGAAGAAACAAGCGGAGUUAUCGUGUCUACAAGAACGGUAUAAGCCCGUUAAACAUACUAGAAACUGGCGAUGUUUUGCAAGCGCUCGAGGAAAGGGGAACCUCGGUUAUUAAACGAAAUAUACGAAAUAUUAAACAUCGAGGCAACAGAUAUAAACCAGACUCGAGCCCAUCCCACGUGCAAAAUGCUAAGUACAAAACACAGGACGUACUGGGCAUUCGCACGCCGAGAAUCAGCGUAUUCGAUCCGAACAAAUUUUACGAUAUAAGAAACAAUAACAUCCCUCCAUUGAGCUCAUGCAAGAGUUUUGAUAAUUUAACUUUUAAAAAGUCGCGAAAUGGCAAUGCGAAUAGGGAGAGAAUUAGGAAUGGGACGAGUCUUCAGAAUCUGGUGUGCGAUGAGAAUUUGAAAUAUUUCUCGUCUCCUUCCGAAGAAUGUGUUGUUAGUUCUCACAAGGACGAUGUGGGGAAUUCAUACUCCGUGGUAGAGGCCCGGCGCAGGCCCAUGCGCCGCGUGUCGCGCACCACGGCCGCGCCCGGCGUCGGGGUAUACCGGCACAUCGGCGAUCGCUGUGCCGACAAGAAGAAUAUAAAGGAGAGCGAAGUGUGCGGCGAGGCGGGGUCGGGCCACCGCGGCUCGCUGCGUGGUGCCAACAAGUUGGCUCGGCGCGCGCGCUCCUUCAAGGACGACCUGCUGGAACGCAUCUCCAACAUGCGUUCACCGGCACAGCCACAUCAUCCGCCUCACCUCUCCUCCGCUAUCAGAUCACACUCCCCGCUUAGUCCGAAACUUCGGAACAUGGGGCCUAAGACUGUUGCUACUGUUGAAGAGGGUGAGGUCACACCCGCCAAAGAGUUGGAACGACUAGUCAAAGAAGUGACAUUCGGCCUAAAACACUUCUCCGAUGUGAUAACAAAAAGAAAACUCGAAAUGUUGCCGGACAACGGAACGAUAGUAUUCGAAUCUAUCGCGAAUAUACACAAAGCAAUAAAGCCAUACUGCAGUCGGUCGCCGCAGUUGACCGGCGCCGUGAGAAAGCUCUGCACCGCACUGGCGAUGCUGAUCCGGUUGUGCGAUGAAGUCACGGUUGCAAGUCUUCGUGCGGAUGCCACUGAUGAAGAACUGGAUAUGUCUGCGGCGGCGCUGUCACCGGAUCACGUCAGCUCUGUGGUGAAGGGAGUGACGUCGGCGGUGGAGGAGGUGGCCGCGCUCGCGCAGCAGCAUAUGACAAGACCGGCUUUGUCACCGAGACCGCCUCUCGUCUCGCCACGUUCUACCCAGAGAAAUUCCUUGCCUGAUAUACCUUUAACGCCUAAGGAAAGAUCUCUGUUAACUGGUGAAAGUGGUAAUGAGACGAGCGGCGUGCGCGCCUCACACUCAUCGGAAUCAGUGCUGGAUGCGCCCGACUCCCCGCCGCCCAAACCCGCCAGACCUAUUAGGAAAAUCGAGUUGGCCCCUCCUUUGCCUCCGAAGCGCAAGUCUGCCAACGAUAACUCCCUCCUGGCACUAUCUAUUGACAGACUGUCCCUGCAGUCUCACAGCAGCGGCUCUCUGGACUCCAUGCUCAACGUGUCCAAUGACGACGACCGCACGCACGACUCCAUCAACAACGACCAAGUCUUCGUCACGCCCCCCAACUCUGACUUAGUUGGUAUGUGCAGUUGUAACAGCGCGAAUGAGAUCCGCACGUCGAUGGAGUCGCACGAGAUGCACGUCAACAAUGUGCACUCGCACUCCAACCACAACCGUUUCUCGAACGAAUCCGGUUUCGUGUCUGUGGGCCACUCGGAGAUGUCUACGGAGCAUCUGUUCACGUCCACUUUCUCCUCACAUCACUACUCCAGUCACACGGACAGUACUUUUGAAAGUACAGACUAUGUGAGCGAAGUGAAGUGCACAGUGCAAAGCUUUGACAGCCGCAUGAAUGUAGUCAAUAUGAACACCGUAACCUCUCACCAUUCAUCCAAGCUGGCGAGCAUCACGUCGGACGAGAGCGAGACGCCGCCCGAGCUGCCGGCCAAGACGCGCCGCAACAUCCGCGCCGACGUGCAGCAUCACUUCCCCAACGUUGAGAUACGACAAAGUCCGGUGUGCUCGCUGCACGGUGAGGCGCGGCCGCACACGCUGGCAGACCACCACCCGCCGCGCCCGCCGCCGCUGCCACUCAAGAAGAAACACAUGUUCCAAAGCGUCGCCUACAGUGUCAUGGCUUACAUGGAGAUGUUCGGGAACUGCAGCCACCCGCCCAACAGCGUCGCCGCGCCCUCCGACAUGUUCCGGCACUCCAUUCACACAUAUAACUUGGCCAGUGCACAGCACAGUGCGGGCGGCGCUAUCAGUGUGCAGCGUCACAAGCAGGUGCAGUGUUCCAUCGCUCAGUCCUUCACCUUGCAGCACUUCGGCACUCCUCCUCCUGCGCUAAGUGGUUCUGAUGAGAGCAUGGUGCGUAAGUCAGCGGGCACGAGCCCCGUGCCGCCAGAACCGCCCGCUCUGCCGCCCAAGAUGAACAAAAACAAACAGAUCCCAGUGACAUCCAGCAACGAGCUGCUGCCGCCGUCCUCGCCGCGCCCCUCCUCACACAACAGUUCUACAGACGACUCAUUCAUUAAUAAUGUGAGUUCUGAGGAACUGUACAUGAGUUCGAAUACACCGGGCAAGUUUCCGCUGGAGGACGAGCUGGAAACGAUCGUGCAGGCGCCUGUACCUACGCCCUCACCAGUGCCUUCGCAGAGAAGCGCGGUCAGUGCGGGCAGUGCAGGGAGUGCGGAGAGCGCGGAAGGCGGGGCGGGCGGUGCGGAGGGCGUGGCGGAGGGCGGGGCGGAGGAUAUCAUCCUGCAGAGCGACGUGAGCCAGUGGCUGCUGUUGCGCGACCGCGACAAGGACGGGCCCGAGGUGCGCGGUGGACACCCCGACGCGCUUAUCGUACUCGCCACUAAGGCUACCAAAGAAACGGACGAGCACUUCGCGUACCAGGAGGCGUUCCUGGCGACGUAUCGCACGUGGGUGGCGCCGCGUGCGCUCAUCGCGCGGCUCGUGCGGCGCGCACACCACCUGCGCGCGCGCACACACGACCUGCGCUCCACCCUCGGCCUGCUCACUAGGAUCGUAGCUGAUCUCACUAUGGCCGAUCUGGAUCGUCCACUAAUGCAAGAGAUAAUGGAGUUCAUCUAUUGGCUGGUGGACGCUGAAGAGCUGCCGAUCGCGAAGGCGCUGCGACAGAUACUGGUCGAUAAACAGAAACAACUACAUUUCCAACAGACAAACAACCGGUACGAGUACGAGACGCCGUGCUACGGGUCGGUGUCGCUGCGGCGCGACACGCUGCUGGACUUCAAGGCGGGCGAGGUGGCGGAGCAGAUGACGCUGCUGGACGCCGCGCUCUUCGUGCGCAUCUCCGCCGCCGAGGUGCUGUCCUGGCCGCGCGACCAGUCCGAGGAGAGCUCGCCCAACCUCACGCGCUUCACCGAACACUUCAACAAGAUGAGCUACUGGGCGCGCUCCAGGAUACUCGAACAGGAGGAAGGCCGCGAGCGCGAAAAGUAUGCUAGCAAGUUCCUGAAGGUGAUGAAGGCGCUGCGCAAGAUGAACAACUUCAACUCGUACCUGGCGCUGGUAUCGGCGCUGGACUCCCCGCCCGUGCGCCGGCUGGGCUGGCCGCGCGCCAUCUCCGAUGCGCUGCACGAUCACUGCGCCCUCAUAGAAUCAUCGCGCUCCUUCAGCGCCUACCGCACCGCGCUCGCAGAGACACAGCCACCUUGUAUACCUUACAUUGGUCUAGUCCUACAAGAUCUGACAUUCGUGCACAUCGGUAACCCCGACCUGUUGCCUAACGGUAGUAUCAAUUUCACCAAGAGAUGGCAGCAGUAUCAAGUCAUGGAGAGCAUGAAGAGGUUUCACAAAGAACAGUACAAGUUCAAGAAGAACGAGCGCAUCCAGGCGAUGUUCAACGGGUUCGAUGACGUGCUGAGCGAGGAGGCGAUGUGGCAGGUGUCGGAGAGCAUCAAGCCACGCGGCGGUCGCGCGCGCAACACCUCGCAGCCAUCGCCACCAACCACCGCUAACGCCAACGCUAACGCCACAGCUAACGCCAACGCCAACGCUAACGCCACCGCGCAAACUGCUGCAUAAAGCUAUUAUACUAUUAAAGGUAUACACUAAUCCAAAGAAUAUAAGAAGAUUGAAUGACAUCAGUGAAGAUGUGAGAACAAUGUACACGCAAGGAAUUGUAUUAACUUACAUAAUGUAUUGUGAUUAUCUGUCCUAAAAUGGCCUAAUUAUAUAUAGUGUUUGUGAAUAAAUUACGCUGAAGUCAACUGUGAUCGCUCCGAAGGGCGAAUGUGAUGUGGCAGGACCCAAAUCGUACUACAAAUACAUGCCACCGAUAAAUUGAAAAUAUCGUCAGUUUAUAAAUGAACUAAACAUGUGAUAUAAGUUUGUGAAAUUAACAAAUACACAAUCCUUAGAAGAAAUAUCCGUUUAAUAAUCGACCAUUUGAAUCUAUAAAUUGUUGAGACAUGACACGAAUAAUUUCAGUUCACAAUUUCCUGGUGUGAUUAUAAACUGACGAAUAACACGAUUUAUCGGUGUUCCAGACAAAUUUUAAUUUACAAAUUGCAUAUAACUUGAAAGUUACUGUCUUAACAUAUCAGCUCGUGACUUAGUACAGUAAAACAUUCGUCGCUAGCUCUGUUAGAAUUCAUAUUAGCCUUUACUCUAUUUUGUCGCGAUCACAGUGUCUCUGAAUAGGGUUAAGAAGAUUUUUUCUUACAUUUUGUAAGUCUGAUAUCAAAAAAGAAGGUAAAAAAUAGUAUAUUGUAU